AUGCCAAAGCACUUGCGUGACGAAGAUGACCAAGCUACAAAGCGGACUGCUAUUUGCGACUACUCCAAGAAAACUCGCUCUUACAACUUCAGUAUCCUUAACGAGAGUGUCUUCGAGGUGAUCCUUUCGUUCCUGAGCAACCAGACGCUUACCAAGUUGCAUGGAAUAACGGGUGAUCGCUAUGAACAAUGUGAGCCUGAAUUGGCGGGGUUCUGCUGUCAAUGCGAGAAUGACAACCCAGCAAUUGCUGCUGGUCUGUGUCGGAAGUGUAUUCCGAUGGAGUUGCUGCCACAUGCAAGCAGACUAAAGUCACGUGAAAAAUACGGGCUGGCGAAUGCUGGAACAUCAAAUGAUAAAGACUUUCGGUUCGAAGAAAGAGUGGCUGCGGCAAAUCUUAAAGAGGAACAUCCGAGCAAAGAAGAUGGUAAAGAGAAGAUGAUAGCUACUCGAAAAUCAACAUCGUAA